CCUGAGACCUGGCAGAGAUCAGGGGCAUCGGGCUGAAGCGGCUGCAUCUGCGGCCCGGGCUCCGGUCGCGGGGGCCCCCCGUUGGGCAAAGCGAGCGAUCGGCAGGUGAAAUCAGGGUCUCGAGUGUUCUAGGAGGACCAACCAUGGAGAUGCAGUCAGGCCUCCAUUCCAAGGAGACGGUUAUUUGAAAAAAGGGCCUAACUGUUGGCUUUAGAAGUCAGAGGCUCUGGGUCUGCUGCUUGGACCCUCGUGAGGAAAUUGCAUGGUGCCUCGCCCACCCAUUGGACCCUGAACCUGGCUGUCCUGCGCUGCCUCUGCCAGAGAAGAGAAGCCUCCCUCCGAGAUCACUACCAGUGGCCCGGCUUUCAGCACCACAGCCUCACUGCCAGGUGUGCGGAGAUGUUCACCGUGUCGCAGACCUCGAAAGCCUGCUUCAUCGACAAGGCCCGCCAGGCCCGAGAGGAAAGGCUAGUGCAGAAGGAGCGGGAGCGGGCCGCCGUCGAGAUUCAAGCCCACUUCCGGAGCUUUCGCUGUCGGAGCCAACUGCACAGAGACAUCCGGAGAGAGGUCGAUGAGUUUUGGGGCGCCGAUGACCCCGGCUCCGCGAAAAGAAGAGCCCUUUGUGUUUUCAAGAUUGCCCGGAAGCUGCUGUUCAUCUUCAGGAUGAAAGAGGAUAACGAGAGAUUUGAGAAGCUGUGUCGCUACAUCCUGAGCAGCAUGGACGCCGAGAAUGAACCCAAGGUGUGGUACGUGUCCCUGGCUCUUUCCAAGGAUCUCACGCUCCUGUGGAUUAAACAGAUCAAGACCAUUCUGUGGUAUUGCUGUGAAUUCCUUCGGCAGUUCAAGCCGGAAAUCCUACAAGACUCCCGACUCAUCACGCUCUACCUUACCAUGCUGGUCACCUUCACAGACACGUCCACCUGGAAGAUUCUCCGGGGGAAAGGUGACAGUCUGCGGCCGGCCAUGAACCACAUCUGUGCGAACAUCAUGGGACAUCUGAACAUGCACGGGUUUUACUCCGUGCUGCAGAUCCUGCUGACGCGUGGCCUGGCGAGACCCCGGCCUGCUCUGUCCAAAGGCCCUUUAACUGCAGCCUUUUCCCUAGCAUUGCGCCCUGUGCUUGCUGCACAAUUUUCAGACAACCUGCUCCGGCCGUUCCUCAUCCACAUCAUGUCUGUGCCGGCUCUCGUGACCCAUCUCAGCACGCUCGCCCCCGAGCGACUCACUGUUUUAGAAUCUCAUGACCUGCUUCGUAAAUUCAUCAUCUUUUUAAGAGAUGGAGAGCGGUGCCGUGACGUGUGUGAGAGCUUAGAAGGCUGUCAUACCCUCUGCCUCAUGGGCAACCUCCUCCACAUGGGCUCCCUCAGCCCGCGGGUCCUGGAGGAGGAGAUGGACGGGUUCGUGCGCCUGCUCACCCAGAUGCUCUGCUACUGUCAGAAGUACGUGUCGCAGAAGAAGUCCAACCUGACCCACUGGCACCCUGUCCUGGGAUGGUUCUCCCAGUCUGUGGACUAUGGCCUAAACAAGUCGAUGCCCCUGGUCACCAAGCAGCUGCAGGUCCUGUGGGGCGUGCCUCUCAUCCGCCUCUUCUUCAGCGACAUCCUCAACAAGAAGCUCCUGGAGACCCAGGAGGUGGCCCCCGUGCCGUCAGCGUCCCCCCAGAACGUGCUUCCAGUGAAGAAUCUCCUAAAGCGGGCCUUCCAGAAGUCGGCCUCGGUGCGGAAUAUUCUCAAGCCUGUCGGUGGGAAACAGGUGGACUCCGCCGAGGUCCAGAAGGUGUGCAACACCUGUGUCCUCUACCAGACCUCGCUGACCACACUCACCCAGAUCCGGCUGCAGAUCCUCACAGGGCUCACUUACCUCGACGACCUGCUGCCCAAGCUGUGGGCCUUCAUCUGUGAGCUGGGCCCCCACGGGGGCUUGAAGCUCUUCCUGGAGUGCCUCAACAGUGACACCGAGGAGUCCAAGCCGCUCCUGGCCAUGCUGGUUCUGUUCUGCGACUGCUCGCGGCACCUCAUCACGAUCCUCGACGACAUUGAGGUGUAUGAAGAACAAAUUUCGUUCAAACUCGAAGAACUGGUCACCAUCUCCUCGUUUCUCAACUCCUUCGUGUUUAAGAUGAUCUGGGAUGGAAUCGUAGAAAACGCCAAGGGCGAGACUCUGGAGCUGUUUCAGGCCGUUCAUGGCUGGCUCAUGGUACUGUACGAGCGGGACUGCCGCCGGCGCUUCACCCCCGAAGACCACUGGCUGCGGAAGGACCUCAAGCCCAGCGUGCUCUUCCAAGAGCUGGACAAGGACCGGAAGCGGGCACAGCUGAUCCUGCAGUACCUCCCUCACGUCAUUCCCCACAAAAACAGAGUCCUCCUGUUUCGGAACAUGGUCACCAAGGAGAAGGAGAAGCUGGGGCUUGUGGAGACCAGCUCCGCCUCCCCGCACGUCACCCACAUCACCAUCCGCCGGUCCCGGAUGUUGGAGGACGGCUACGAGCAGCUCCGGCAGCUGUCCCAGCACGCCAUGAAGGGCGUGAUCCGAGUGAAGUUUGUCAACGACCUUGGGGUGGACGAGGCCGGGAUCGACCAGGACGGCGUCUUCAAGGAGUUCCUGGAGGAGAUCAUCAAGAGGGUGUUCGAUCCGGCACUCAACCUGUUCAAGACCACCAGUGGGGACGAGAGGCUGUACCCUUCUCCCACCUCCUCCAUCCACGAGGACUACCUGCAGCUCUUUGAGUUUGUGGGGAAGAUGCUGGGGAAGGCGGUGUAUGAGGGCAUCGUGGUGGACGUGCCCUUCGCCUCCUUCUUCCUGAGCCAGCUGCUCGGCCACCACCACAGCGUCUUCUACAGCUCCGUGGAUGAGCUGCCUUCUCUGGACUCGGAAUUCUAUAAGAACCUCACCUCCAUCAAGCGCUACGAUGGGGACAUCGCUGACCUGGGCCUGACGCUGUCGUAUGAUGAGGACGUCAUGGGUCAGCUGGUUUGCCACGAGCUGAUCCCCGGAGGCAAGACCAUCCCGGUCACCAAUGAAAAUAAGAUCAGCUACAUCCACCUGAUGGCGCACUUUCGGAUGCACACGCAAAUCAAGAGCCAGACAGCCGCCCUCAUCAGUGGCUUCCGCUCCAUCAUCAAACCCGAGUGGAUCCGCAUGUUCUCCACGCCCGAGCUGCAGCGCCUCAUCUCCGGUGACAAUGCAGAGAUUGACCUGGAGGAUUUAAAGAAGCACACGGUGUACUACGGCGGCUUUCACGGCAGUCACAGGGUCAUCAUUUGGCUGUGGGACAUUCUGGCCUCCGACUUCACGCCUGACGAGAGAGCCAUGUUUCUGAAGUUUGUCACCAGCUGCUCCAGGCCCCCCCUGCUUGGAUUCGCCUACCUCAAGCCUCCCUUCUCCAUCCGCUGUGUGGAGGUUUCCGAUGAUCAGGACACCGGGGACACCCUGGGCAGCGUCCUGCGGGGCUUCUUCACCAUCCGCAAGCGCGAGCCAGGCGGCCGCCUGCCAACCUCAUCCACCUGCUUCAACCUGCUCAAGCUGCCCAACUACAGCAAGAAGAGCGUGCUGCGCGAGAAGCUGCGCUACGCCAUCAGCAUGAACACGGGCUUCGAGCUCUCCUAGCCCCGCCCACAGGCCCGCCUGGGCCACGCCCAGGGAGGGGCGGGGAAUAAACGUCCUUUCUUCUCGCCGCCCAGAGCGGCUGCCCCUUCCUUCCGGUAGUUUGGCCCCUGUGGUGAGUGGCUUUCCCCUUAACUCGGCGAGGGAGCUGCGCGCGCACAAGGCGCGGGACCCCCAGGCGUCCCGAGCGGUGUUGGCCGUGGGCCGCACAGAGCCUGCGGCGCGGAGGAUGCGCAGUCCGCUUCCGGACACUUCUCAGGUCAGGCCUCGCCCAGCUCUAUGCACCGACGGUCUCCGCCCCGCCCCUCCGACUCAGGCCCCGCCUCCCGCGGGUUCCUCUUCUCGGGCAUCCGCCGGGUUUGGGAGGGAACGCCGCUGGCCAACCCUCUGACUGUUAGUGGGCGGGGCCCCAGGGGGAGGCGUCUGUCCACUCAUUUCCCGAGGAGCAAACAAACACUAACCUGAGCUGUGCCCCCUCAGCAGUGGCCUCACCCUGCAGAUGGCACAAUCCCAGGAAACCUGGGUCUGCCCCCCACCUUCCCCCAGCACAGGGAGACCCAAUGUCCUUUGCACUGAUUUAGGCCCAUGAGGUGAGGCCCAGGAAACUCAUCACCCUCCGGACUGGUUUUCCUUUUUUACUUGGUUUGCGCUUCCAGCCCAUUGCUUCCCUCGAUGCCAGAUCGCUGCCCUAGAUGCAGGGACUCUGGCACAGGCCCUGCCAGGGGUCAGCACUGACAGUCGCCCAUCCUCUCCCACCCUGACAUGCAUCUGGUGGGUGCCUGCCACCCAGAGGGCUGGCCCAGCGCUCUUUUCUGUUGCUCGGCAGCGGAGUGGGUGAGGUGUGCAGCUUCCUUUAAAAAUAGCAGCACCUGCCAGCAAGAGCGUUCAUGGUGGCACUGAAUCCAGCAAGCCCCGGUUCCACAGCCGGAACCUUCAGAGAUUGUCUGAUGCUGGUGCCCCAUGGGGCCUGGCGCAGCUACAGCACCUGGCCAGGCACUCGGGGACAGAGUGUGCCCGGUUCGCAGAUGGAAAGCUGGCGUUGUUCACGAUUUAAGCUUUGUGGGUAAGCCCCUGACCCUGUGAACUUGCCGCUCACUGUCAACGCUGAAUUCCCACAAACGUGUGCGUGCAAGUCAUGGUCAGCCUGUCAAAAGAAAGGAACCAGCUCCUGUCUGGAGCCCGUGAGACUGGAGGUUGGGGCACGCGGUGACCACCGUCAGCUCCUUCUUGGUGAGGAGGGACAGUGUGUCAUUUCAUUCAAAUUCUUCAUCACCUGAAAAUCUUGCACUAUCGAAAACACUGAUGUGUGCUUUUAUAGCUGAUGUUGGAACUGUGAGGAUUAUGUAUCUCUCUGACACCCGGAAGGCUCUGGAAAGUUGUGCUGUGUUGUUUCCUAGCUAACUUACGGGUUACGGCAGGCUCAAACGCUUUAUUAAAUUUAUUAAAUUUGUACGACAGCA